AAGAGGAAAAGAAUCAUACUAUUUCAGAAGCACAUAUGGAAUAUCUUGAAUUAGCUAAUAAUUAUUAUAGAUCGGAUAGUUUAUCAGAUAUAGCACCUGAUGAUAUAAUGAAUAGCGAUGAUAUUUUCUCUGAUCCCAUGGUUCAAGAGUAUUCAAGUCAAAAUGAUGAUGAUAAUAUUGCUAACCCUGAUUAUCCUAUACUUGCAAAGCUUGCUCACAAAUAUCUUUCAAUUCCAGCCACGUCGAUACCAUCUGAACGCCUUUUUUCUUCUGUGGGUCUUACUAUUACUGAAAAAAGAACAAGCCUUAAUUCUUA